AUGCGAAAAGCCGUCAAAAGCCUAGACCCCGAUGCACCUGGUGUUGGUAAGCAAGCGAUGAUCGACUGGAUGCACAUCAACCAUCCUAUGAUCCCCAUCAGAACAAACGCUAGCAGAGACGAGAUUGCGAGUAAGGUGAAAGCGGCCCAACCCGAGUUAUUCCCCAGUUCCAUUAUCAAUGCGCCUCCUGUCGUACCAAGCCAAACAUCAAAAGCCAGACGUCCUUCGAUGGCUCAGACCUCCAUUAAACCGGUCAUACCCAUGGCACCCUUCACAGCAUGCGCACUACCUCCUUCCGAUCCCUUGUUUUUGACUUCGCUUGGCAAAAAUGAAACUUCAAAGAAGAAAAGGUCUCCUUCGCCCGACAUCAAACCAGCUCUGAAAAAAGAUAUACCCGCAAAGAAAACUGGCUCUAAGACUAAGCUUAAAUCAGCCAGUAUAGGUUCUACGGUUUCGGUUUGUGCGGAUCCUCCUAAAGCCAAAAAGAAAAAGGUUGGUACUAUCCAUAUUGUUCACUACCCCGACUUGGUCAACCUAGACCUGUCUAGCACCAGUUGCGAUCCCCAAACUUUAUCCAGCAAGAAGGCCACCAUCACAACUCACCAAUUCAAGAUUGAACAGGAAGACGGGCUGAUUGGCGGCUUGCCAGGCACAACUGACCACUCUGACUCCGCUACUCUGCAACAAAACUAUCAACCUACAUCCUACGUCCCGCUUGUUCCAAGACCGGAUGCCAAUGUACAACUUGGAGGCAAGAUUGACAGUAAUGACGUUGAUGAUUUGAUCAUACUGACACCUGUGAAUUGCUUUGAAUCUGAGAACACAAUUGUUGGUAGAGAUAUAUCUCCGAUAUCACCAGAUACACCAAGAUCGUCUAUAGUGAGGUAUGGUAUUACAUCUUCCGAAAAGAAGAAGAGUGGAUCCGAAGUGUUUCAAGAAGAAAGACGACGGGUAGAACAAGUUCAUAUUCUCUUGGAUCGUGUUGAUGGUAUGGAAAAGGUUAUGCAGUCAAUGCAAGAGAAAACCGAUUCAAUGGCUGAUGUUAGAGCACAACUUGAGAAUCAGUUGAAGGAUGUGGAAGAACGAUUCAAUAACCGCUUGAAAGUGCUGGAAGAUAGCUGUAAAGAGCUCAGUAGAUCUUUUGACAAGGCUAUGGAGGAGAUUCAGGCUCAUGAUGAAGUAUUGACGCGCUUACUCACAGCCGGCAAGGAUGAAGAGGAUUCAGAUGAAUGCAGCGCUCACGAUGACUCCAGCUGUGACAGUGAAACUUCUUCUACGGCAUAG